UUAACACGUUGUGCCAGGCGCUGAGCUUGCGGGGAAGCUGUGUACCAUGCCUGUGUGAUGUGCCCAGGACUGUGGGCUAUUUACCGCUGCUUGGUCAAUAUUGCCUACCUUCAUGAUGGACAUGCGCGAGGUGUUAGGGGCGUCCAAGUGGUUCCUAGCAGCUGAUCUCCAGACGGUGACCUUGUCCAGUGACCAGCAGUGCGUGACCUUCGUGGUGCACUUCAUGGGCCCCAGCGCAGGUCGUCUUGAGCUGGACUUAUCCCGCGUGCUGGCUGGCCGCAAUCUGGACCACCCCACCAUUACCAUCAGGGGCGUGUACCCUGACCCGGACCGCCCCAAGAAGCUGCCCUACAGGACCUGCGGGAGCCUGGAGGAGGAGACACUGCUGGAGGACCAACCCCCCGUGGGAUCUCAAGGGCGGUGUUGCCGGAGCUGGCCUCGCCCCCGCCCUGCUGCUGUCUCUGCUUCACCUCAUCGCCUGCGAUAAACCCAUCAACAUCAAGGCAUCUUGGUUUUCGCGUCCAUCCCCGCCCCCCUUAGUUCCUCUCACCCUGCAUAGGGGGCCUGUACAUUAUGUAGAUAGGAGGCUAUAAUUGUGUGAAAUUAUAGAUAUAUUAUGCAAUAAUUAUCUAUCUUUAUGCAUAUAUAUAUAUAAAAUGCAAUAAUGUUCGUUAUGCAUAUAUACAAAAUACAAUAAUAGUGUUCAUUUCCCUUUCCUGGAUGUGAAUACGAUGCCAGC